GUUCUGCAUCCACAGCGGAUCGCUCCGUGGGUUUCCUCAGGAAGUAGUCCCCGCCGUUGGAUGAAGCAGCUCCAGAUGUGACCUGAUGUGCGUCUCUGUCCAGGUUUCUAGAUCGCCACGAUGAACCCUCAGCAGCGGAUUGCCGCGCUCGGAACAGACAAGGAAUUAAGUGAUUUGCUGGAUUUUAGUGCGAUGUUCUCUCCACCUGUAAGUGGAGGGAAAAAUAGGCCCACCACACUUGGAAGCAGUCAGUUCAGUGCAUCAGGUAUGGAUGAGAGGACCACCCAGGCGUCCUGGGCCCCAGGUGGCGAGUCCAGUCCUUCUUAUGGGUCCUCGCGGGGUUUUGCAGACAGCCCUCAUUACAGCGAUCAUCUGAGUGACAGUCGAUUAGUGUCCCAUGAAGGAUUGUCCCCAACACCUUUUAUGAACUCCAACGUAAUGGCCCAUCCUGGCCCUGCCCAGUCUUUGCAUCCCUCCUUCAGGUCCUGGCCCCCAGCAUGCGACUGGCAAGGCAGUCCAGCUGUAGAGGAUCAGCUGUAUACUGAAUGGGCCCCAGGGGCCCUCUUUCCAAAGAGGAUAGAAGAGCGGGGGUACGGCCAAGUUAUGAUGACAUAA